AUGCGGGUUGAAUGCGUUGGCAUUACAAUCAGCCACACGGCUGUCAACGCCAGUCCGCAGCCAAUAGACUCGAGCCGUUGCCGACUUCCCAACACUCACUUCGGCCACAAAGCUAUUCAACGCUUCAUUAGCCCCGCCAACAGUUACGGCACCGGUUUGUGCGCAGACUUGAGCCGUGUAGCCAAACCGUUGACUCGACGUACACGAAAUUGGCUCCCAUGUAGUACUGCGAGUGGUCGCUCUAUUACUAUAGCGCCAAACACUCCCGAAACAUACGGCGAUUGGAGUCUCAUCUCAGCGGUGGAGAGUCUGAAGAGGACGCGGUCUAACAGUUGGUCCGAUUUGGCCGACAACGAGGCCCUCAUCACUGGUCUAGUCAACAGCGCUAACAACAAUCAUAAUCAUUACUUUACCCAACAGUUAGAGCUCAAGACCCACCAAAACAACUUUAAGUAA